AUGACAGAUGCUGCGGCCACCUCCUUCCAUGCGGUCCGGGAAUCCUUGGUUGCGGAAGCUGAGAAGCGGGUCGAGGCGCCGGAACUUUGGGUUCUCGAAAUCUCUGCAUGCUUUCCAAGUAGCCGUCUGAAGUCUUUGAAGUCCAGCGUGGAGUACAUGGAUGAAACUUUGCCCACGCCACAUCGAAUCAGAACAUCUAAGGAAUGCCAAGAUCCAGGUCAUCCGGAAUCAGGUGGCCUCAACAAUAGGAGAUACCAAGAAUUACACAAGACUGUCACACAAGAUUUCCCAACCACUGCGCAACAACAUUCUGCGAAUUCAGACGCAGCGCUCUGCUUUGCACAAGUCCUCUCUGUUCAAGUGCCUCUCAAGUAUGCUCUGCCGCUCUGUGGCUUAAAAUUGCAAGAGGCCCCCCCGCCCCUUGUGCUCAACCCGCCGCCAUUUAAAGGGCAAAAAACAAACUCCAUGUUGGCCGGCAACUAUACACAAGCCCCCCUGCAGCGAUAUCAAAGGGAAAUCUGCCAGUUUACCCAUGCAGUCCGUUCCUGCAGCCUUCAUUCCAUGCCUCUCAGCGCUCCAAGUGUGCAACGCAGCAUUGCUCCCGCAUUGCUCCUGCAGGAACCUUUCUUGGGGACGUUGUUACUGGCCUUCUUUCCUCCCUUCAUCCAUGCCCAGCUUUGUCCAUCUCACGAGUCUCAAGGCAUCCCCUCUUCGCUUGGCACUGCUUUGGAGUGUGUCCCUCCUUUGGCAUACGACUGCACGCUGCCGGUGACGGCUUGGAAACAAGCACGUUAUCGCUGGAUUCCGGCCUCCCAUCUCCUGAACCAUCUCCCGUCAUCCCCGGUGCGUUUGAUUCGGUCGAGCUUCUAA